AUGGGCGAACAUCCUGUUUCUUGGGGUCAAUGGGUGACAAUCGAGCCUGCACCCGCCUCGACGUAUCGCGGCCCUUUCACCACCACCACCACCACCACCACCACUCCCAACAAGGAGGCAAUUAAGCGCGAGACCGUCGGUGGGACUUGGUCUUCCUCACUACCCACAAAGCAUUUGAGCACCGAAAUCUACAGUCUGAUGGUUCUAUUGCUUCCUUCUCUGGAUGAUGGGCGGCCCGAAGACUCCGGGGCAAAUGCCUCCCUGCUCAUUAUUACCCACGCCUUCUGGCUGCAGUACCGACUGACUGGCGAAAACAACCCCACCCCCUAUCCAGGCGCCAUGCUAUUGGAAAUCCACGAGGCGGCUGCGAGGCUCGUGAGGAGGUUGCAAGGCUAG